AUGGCCAAAGUAUCAGCUAAGGAGGGGCUUACACCUAAGCCUAUGGAUGUAGGUGAAACAGUAGAAUCCGAUUCAAAUGAAGGGGUUCGAUUGAAAAAAGAAUUGAGUUUAAUGAAUGGAGUGGCGAUCAUUGUUGGAGUUAUCGUGGGGUCCGGAAUCUUCGUAUCCCCCAGUCUGGCCUUGAAGCACGCAGGUUCGAAGGGCAUGGCCCUAAUAGUAUGGGUACUUUCCGGGUUCCUAUCGAUGAUUGGAGCGCUUUGCUAUGCAGAAUUAGGUACAAUGAUACCAAAAUCGGGUGGUGAUUACGCGUACCUUGGAGAAGCGUUUGGAGAUCUACCUGCUUUCCUUUACUUAUGGGUGGCGCUAUUCAUACUGGUGCCAACAGGAAACGCUAUUACAGCGCUGACGUUUGCACAGAACAUACUUCAGCCUCUUUGGCCCGCUUGUGACCCUCCCGCGGAUGCUGUCAGCCUUAUUGCUGCAGUAGUCACGUGUUUUCUUACCGCACUUAAUUGUUUCAACGUGAAAUGGGUGACCCGAGUGCAAGAUUCUUUCACGGUGGCGAAGAUAUUAGCUUUAUUGGUACCAUUCUUCGCUAGCGUUUGGUACCUGUGUUCCGGACAUACUGAAAAUAUUGAAUCUAUAAUGCAAGGUACCAUUACGAAGCCUGGCGACAUUUCUAUUGCCUUCUAUACUGGAUUAUUUUCAUAUUCUGGCUGGAACUAUCUAAAUUUCGUGACAGAAGAACUUAAGGAGCCUUAUAAGAAUCUUCCACGUGCAAUUUGCAUAUCAAUGCCGGUGGUCACACUAGUCUACGCAUUAACCAAUGUUGCAUACUUCAUAGUGCUCUCUAACGACGAGAUACGUUCCUCAGAAGCUGUUGCUGUUACUUUUAGUGAAAAAAUACUUGGCGUGAUGUCUUGGAUUAUGCCUCUCUUCGUAGCUUUAUGCACAUUUGGAUCUCUUAACGGAGCAAUAUACGCAUCUUCAAGGCUCUUUUUCGUUGGAGCAAGAAAUGGUCAUUUGCCACUUGCGAUUUCUCUAAUUGAUAUAAAGCGGCUUACUCCCGUACCAUCUUUAAUUUUUAUGUGCUUAGUGACUCUGGUUCUACUGUCAUCGAACAGCGUGGAGUCGCUGAUAGUUUACGUGACUGCUGUCGAGGCGAUAUUCAUUCUUUGCUCAGUGGCUGGACUAUUAUGGUUGCGUUACACUCGUCCCGAACUAUCUCGACCGAUACGAGUUAACCUUUUACUACCAAUCGCAUUUCUCGUCAUUUGUACCGCUUUAGUAGUAUUUUCAGGUACUCAGAAGCCUAUGGAAAUUGGUAUUGGAAUUGCGUUCAUAGCUCUAGGAGUUCCAGUAUUUUAUGUAUUCAUCAUGUGGAAAGAUAAGCCCAUGUGGAUACAGAAUGCUUGCAAUUCCUUUAACCUGUUUUGCUCAAAACUAUUUUUAUGCCUUCCAGAAGAUUCUAAAGAUUUA